UAAUAUUUGGACAGAUGGAAAGUAUUAACGGUCCAACGGCGGUCAUACUAAAUACCACAUUUUAAAAUAAUAAACGAUACGACGCCGUGAAAUUACAGUGAAACAACGUGAAUAAUUGUAAAAAAAAAACGCAAAUGUGAAUAAAUUCAGACUUGCAGUUCAUAUGUGAAAUAUCUGUGACCUUAUUUACAACACACAUACAUAGAUGUACAUAUGCAAGCGCGAGUUCUCAGUUUUAUAUGCUGGCAUAGAGAAUGUUUAGCAUAAAUUCAAUAUCGUGAGCAUUUUCCCCAGCAUUUUUUAACCAUUUUGGAUGGAUGAGCAUGUCUAUGAACAGACCCUCGAAUAACUGCAGCCUCGAAGUAAUCAAAAGCACAACUGCCGCAGUUGGUAAUUUAAACGAAACGCUCGAUCGCACCGAAAAUGAUGCGACGCACCCAAUAUUGCGCAGUGAUCACCGACAUCAGGGUGAACUGGUCCAAUGCUUGACGUGCCGCAUGCAAUUCAUGAGUUUCUCCUUUAGCGACAUUUGCGCACACUACAUUUUUACGCACAAUCGCAAGAAUUUCAGUUGCUACGCCGCCAAUUCGUACAAGUGUUUGUACUGUACGCGCGACGUUCAUUAUUUCCAGCGAGCCGAGAAAUCGAAUCCAGAAAUCUAUCACUUUUGUUCGCCGCGUAAACAAUCUUAA